AUGCUGAGGACGCUUGCGACGAAUACAGUAAUAGUAAACGAGAAUGACAAGGGAGCCCAGGCCCAAAACGGCUUGGGGCGGGCUGUCUUGGUGCGUCGGGGAAGUGUGGGAAGGGAAGCGGGCACGGCGGGGCGGGAGGAUGCUAGCGAUUUGAAGACUCGAGCCAAGCAUCGACCCGUGGGCCUUGUCUUCUGCCCCCAAGGGCCCAAGACUGUUACACAGACCAUCACCACGCCUGAGCAGGUUGCGACGUCGGCCAAGUCUAGUCUGGGCCUCUACUGGGCUAGGGCGACGACGGCGCGAUACUGCGUGAUGGUCUUGGGGUACCUGCGUGCAGAGCCGUGUCCUGUAGGCAUUCCUUUGAAGCACGAUGCGCUUGCCACCACCAACUCGCUCUUCGCUAGAGGGCCCAAGGCCAUGGAUAUGAGGGGAGAGCUGGGAGACCCUGUUAUGAAUGUGUCUGGCUAA